UCAGAGCGCGAGGUAAUUGACGUUCGUGCUUCAUAUUGGGAACGAAUGAGCUGACGUGAUACAGAGAUUCUACCAUUGAUGGAAUUUUCUCUUACAAUCUUGCCGGGACAGUUCAUCAUGUCUUACUUUCGCCGUCUUUGUCCAAAGCCGUACUCUCACAGCCCGCAUCUAUUUCAGAAGCCGAGACUGAUGCAUGGACUAUUCCGCAAAAUGCACUGGCGAUGCCACUGUCGGCCAAGGCGGAGUAUCUCAAAGCUCGAUCUGUCCUGACUAACGCUUUCAAGGCGGAGUUAGUGGAUCAGAACAAGAGGCAAGAGCUCACGAAGGAAUCUAUGGGCUCGUUACAGUACACUCUUCCGGAUCUCACCACGUUCAACUCUAGCAUAGUUGACCAGAUGCCCUGGGAGCGCGUGAGCGACUUGGACAUAUUAGAGGACGUGGAGGACACAAUCGAGACUAACCUUUUAUCCCUGAUAAACGAGUUCCUCUCCCCAGUGGCUUUGAACCCCAUCACAGGCUCCACUCUCCCAGAAAGCAAUCAACUUCUCUUCAUCGAUCUGUCCACAUUUUCAACCUACUUCUACGCCCUUGCCACCGGUCUACCCCGUUUCUUCCCUUUGCGUGGUUUGACACCAGCCUACCUCUCCCGUAACCGCCUCCUCCAAGCCCUCACCAUCCACCACGAAUCCUUCUCGUCCGCCUCUGCUUCCACAGACGCCGACGCCGAAGCUCCAACCCCUCUCUCCCAACUCGAUGCCAUCAUGUCAACCCACAACUUCCCUCAUCCCGCUCGCGCCUCCGCAACCCUCGGCUUCCUGAACCAGCUCGUCUCCUCCACCGUCCCCCUCGCUUUCUGGACUCUCCUCCGAAUCCACGCCCAUGACUCUACGACCCUCCUCCCCGAGCUUCUCGCCGAAACGAAAGACUACGCGAAAGCGACGCAACCGCCACCAAUACACCCCUCCUUCCCGAGUCCGACAAACCUUACGUUCUCCACGACGCUGGCCUCGAAGUGUCCGCUCCUCACAUCCUGCGUCCUCGAAACACUCCGUCUCUACGCCACGCCAUCCUCCUCAAAGCUCGUCACCAAAAACCUUUCCAUCUCCGAAGCCGCGGAAGAUGUUGUAGCCGGCGGCGCUCCUACGACCUGGCUCCUCAAAGCGGGCGAUAUCGUCGAUAUCGGGGCGAGCGCUUGGCUGAGGAAUACAGAUCCUCGGCUGCAUCUUGAUCCGAAGACGUGGAAGCCGGAACGGUUCGUCAACUCUUCGACGACGCUGGAUGAGGCUAUCGGUAAUCUGGUUGUGGAUGAGGAGGUUAUGCAGUGGGCUGUUGAGCUAGUUGCGGCGUUCGUAGCGGGCUUCAUACAGCUCUGGGUAUUAGAGCCAAAAGGCGGGAAGGAAAAGAAGUGGAAGAUGCCAGGGGAGAAGGCAGGGAGUGUGAUGGCGGUGCCGAGGGGGGAUAUUAGGGUGAGAAUACGGAAGAGGGAGAUUAAGGUCAUAAAAUAGGUUGCCCGGAAGAUGUGGAGGUUAACUAUGCAAAUUGGGAAAAAGAAGAUACAGUAGUAGGAAAUAAGUUUGGGUAUACCUAUUCACUGCUGUCUUUCUAUAUGUCUCCCGAAUUGCUGAUAAUAUGCUAGAUUGGUACAGACAGCGGCGAGAGGUAGUCGACUGUAA